AUGAGCUGGGAGACAGAGCAAAGACGUGGUGGGGUCGUGGAUCUAGAUUUAUGGAAGCGAGCUGAUUUGGGAUGGAAGGUGUUAUGUCUAUCGUGGGUGAGUAGGUUGAUUGGAGUGGGUAGAGUUUGGUUUAGAGUGGGUGUGCAUCUGGUUUGGAGUGGGUGUAGGUUGGGCUUGGUUUUCAAUGAUGGACUGAUUGAGUGA